CGUACCUGUAACAAAUUCCCCCCAAGGAAAGUCGAGCUCUUGUCGUCGCGCAUCUUCGCGAUCAUCAAAUCGAAACUUUCGCGCGCAGCCUUGUCAUCGCGAAUCCCCCCUUGCGCCUCGCGCUCUGCUAUUCUUACCACAACUUCAAAUAGAUUAUACCGGACCCAUCUAUUUACCUCCAAUAAUUCCGGUAUUAAUCAAUUGAGUGUGAUAGUCAAAUUUAUCUCGCUCAAACGACAAUGUCAGCAAUGGGUGACCCCAGUUACGGGGUCCAUAGAGACUUGCUCCCACAUGUGCAUCUCAUUUCGACAUACAGAUACACCCUCAAAGCCCGAGUUGAACCCUCCGAAGUGACCAGUUGGUUGAUGCAAGCUCCCAAGAUCGCCCGCGACACCGCACCGUUCUUUUGGACCUAUCUCGAUCGGCCCGAGAAUGGAAAUGUCUUCUUAACGUGGCAGCCGUUACAGCAGAUGGGUGUAAACUUCGCCAGCGAUGGUUUCAUCUGGCCUCCCCAGGAACAAUACUUACAGCAGGACGUGGGAAACGGUGUGAUCCUCGAGAUGUAUUAUCACAAAGCCGGAUUUGCCUAUGGAGAGCCAUACGCGUCACAUUCGAGACGCCGCUUCCGCCUCAUUCCUCCUAAUAUCCACAACCCGAAUGCUCCUCAGGUUGAUCCUAGUCUAUGGAUAGUUCACUACGGUCCCGUCGAUAACAACGAGCGUAUUCCCCAUCAGAUGAUCCCGCGCGAUCCUCGGGUUCAAUCUAUCCUAGAGACUCGCGCUUACCUGCAGCGAUGUGGUCAGAUUCAACGAAAGGAGUUCAUCCUCAGCGACCGGGUGAACUGGCCUCAGAUCGCCUGGCCAAGAGAACCGUCAAGGCAGCCCAUGUUCGCAGGCCCCCGCGGGGUUCCGCAGGCAAUGGCAUAUCCCGCUCACCCCCCUACGGCUGGCGCACCACCAUCAAAACGAGCGCGGACUGGUCAAGCUGCACAAGGCCAAGUAGCUUCCGCCAUACCUGCUAUUUCCCAGCAAGAAGGCGUGUAUGACGAUGAAGAAGAUACCUCUCGUGGCGACAUGUUUGACCAUCUUACACCACGUGAAGUUAGUUUAGCUCGCUAUCGGCAGAACCACGAGUGGAUGGAAGAGAUACUGUCAUCCCCAUACAGAAUGGGCCAGAUUGGGUUUUCAGAUCUUGGGCUAGGUCUCAAAGGAGAGCUUUCGGAUUUAACUGAUGGUAUUUUUGAGGCUCAUAGUUUUAAUGCAACCACACAGACCCUUUCUAAGCCUACCGCAACUCAGUUCGAUCCGGAGAAGGCUGCUGAGUUUCGCAAGCGAGUUAAUGAUCGGCUUCGUUCUACGCAGGCAGAGAUUGAGAAGAUGAAAGCAGACCACGCCAAAAAGGUGGCCAAGUUUAAGCACAACUCACUCCUUACCGUUGCCGAAAGGGAAUUGCGAUCAGCUCUAGAUGAGCCGGGUUCUGAUGUACUACAACUUGAGAGGAGAGUCGAAGAAGGCGAAGACGACUCAAAUCGCUGGCCCUCUAAGCAUAAUAAGAAGGUUGAUGAGAUCGUAUCUCAGGUUGAAGCGCACCUAGGCCGUCGAGCAGAGGUCAUAUACGAACUGAGGAGAAUACAAGACGGUGGUUAUCAAGAGCCAGCUCCGGAGCCGACGCCUCAGAUAACCUCGGGUCCAGGUCCUGUUCUUGGAGAGCCUCAGAACGGCGGGACAAAUGGUAGCGGUGCAAUGUCUCGCCAACCAUCACACGCAGGGUCUCAGCAUAGUGGAUUCACUAUGGGAGAUCAUGAUAUCGACAUGGGCGGCGGAACUGCUGCCGGCCUCCUUGACCAAAUACAUACUGGAACAGGAGUCUCGUCUACCUCCACGCCAAUGAAUAACUUCCCGACCCCCCAAGCUCAGGCCUCGGGCGUCCAUUCCCGCGUUACUACACCAGCAAACCUGAACGCCCCUUCGCCUCUACACCCUAACCAGACGGACAGCACGGGGGAUGUAAACAUGAGCGGCGUCGUCGAUCCGUCAACCGGAACCGCUCCUGACCAAGGUACAGGGAGUGGUGACUGGGUGGUAGUCCCCAAAGCCGGUGCUAUUCCAGACGGCACCGCGGGUGCAACACCUACCAAUAAUCCACCGAGGACCGCAGGCGCUCUGAGUAAGCAAGCAUCAGCAACAGGAACCCCUUCAGCAGGGUUCGAUGGUGACCAGAACGACUUCAGCUCAUUAGAUGAUUUGAAUACGGCGGGAGAUGCAUUAGCAGGCUUUAGCGAGACGCCUGGGGACCUCGGUGAGGGUUUGGAUAUGGAAAUGGAAGACUCAGCGUUUGGUGACGCUUUCCAUGGCGUGGAUACGCAGCAGGGGGGAGGCACGCCGGCUGAAGGUAACAUCUAGGAAGUGCUGUACGGUGGUAUUCCCUUUCCUCCUGAAGAUGAAAACUAUUGAGGAUGAGAAAGAGAAAGAAGAAUAGCCUGGCGUAAUUCUAAGACGUUGUGGCAAUUCGAAGCGAAUUAAUAUUAGGCCCAUUACCUCUGAAGGCCUCAAAUUACGAUAGCAAGAAGACU